AACCAAGGGAAGGGGGUUGCGAAAAGAAUGUUCGGAGAAAGCCCACAACUUGAUGAUUGGUAUACGACGGACUCAGACUCUGAGGAUACGGCGGCAGCGAUAAGAGAAGAUGGCCUAGAGAUGGGAUUUGAUGGCAAAUUGACCCAAAAUGCUCACCGAUAUACUUCUCCCCGGCGGAGGAACGCCAAUACUGCAAAGCGUUUCGAUCAGCUUUGGUGGUCAAAGCCCUGGGGAAAACAAUUUCCUACACCGAUGUCUCCUUCCGCCUCAACUCGAUUUGGGAAAAGGUGGGAGGCAUUUAGCAAAAUUGGGAAACCUAUCCGAAUUGAUGAAGCCACGCGCACUGCAACGCGUAGUGAUUAUGCACGAGUAUGUGUUCAGGUGGACCUUACCAAACCUUUAUUAUCACAAUUCUCCUUUAACGGGGAAACUUACUAUAUUCAGUACGAGGGUUUGGAGAAGAUUUGCCUGCACUGUGGAACGUACUCUGAGAAAGGUACAUGCACAUGCAAUAAAAUGCAUGAACCUAUGGAAGCUGAUGUAGUGGAGAAAUCGGCGGAAUCUAAAGUGAAGCAGCCGGAUCAGACCUAUGGAGAAUGGAUGAUAGCGAAGAGGAAGCCUAAGAGGAGAGAAAUCGGAGGAGAUGAUCAACAUGCUAUCACACGUACAGGUAAAAAGAAUGUUGCAAUGCCUGGUGGAUCCCGGUUUGAAGUACUUGAAGUGGAAGAAGGCAACAUCUCACAACCGGAGGUAGAACAGGUGGCAAAUAUCAGCACAACUACUAGGAGUACCCAUUUGAAGGGAGCAGAACUGGAAAAGGUUAACAAGCAACAGGAGCUCCCAAAGAAAACCACCCCGGUCAGUCUCAUACAAAACGAAAACCAAAGGGUGGAAAAUAGACCAUCCAUCGCCCUUGCUUCUACACAAGCUGUGGAAGAGGGAGUCAAAGAAACCCAGCUGACCUCCCCCAUCAAAGUCGGCUCAACGGGUGAUAAGAUACCAAGUAUGGCGAGGGAGCAAACUGAACUGACGGCGUAUGAGCUCACAGCCUCGACAGUAAACAACUCCCAUGGAAGACCAGUGUGGCGGACGAUCUGGAGGGCGCCGAUGAUGCAAAGGGUGUGCUCCUUCAUGUGGCUGUUGAAUCAUGACAGGCUUUUCACUAAUGCUGAGAGGGGGCGCCGACAUCUUACAACAGAUACAGGUUGCAAAAUUUUCGGAGCUAAACCAAAAACGGCGAUCCAUGUAGUACGCGACUGUCCAUUCGCGCGAGCCGCCUGGGCGGAGCUCUUGGGAUACAAGUCGGACCACCGAUUUUUUGAAGAAGAUUUGCAGCGGUGGACUCAUUAUUACCUAUCAGGCCGAAGUCAAGUCAUCGACAAUACUCUUUUUGCAGGUACAUGCUGGCUGUUGUGGAAGAACCGGAAUGGCUUCUUGUUCCGAAGUGAGCUGAAAGCCUAUACACAAAUCCAGUACCAAGCGAAACAACUCAGAGAACAAGUUCUCAAAGCUCUUGAGAAGGAGAGGAGCAUCUUUAGAGAUGGGGGACUCCACGAAAGGCGCAUGGUUGGCUGGCAACCACCGGCGCAAGACUGGGUCUGCAUUAACACAUAUGGCUCAGUCAUUUCCUCUCCUGAGAGCACUACUUGUGGUGGCAAUGGUCAGGGGGACGAUGGCCGAUUCAUCAGCGCUUUCAUGACGAAACUUGGAGGGGGUUCCAUUACGCGUGUAGAACUUACUAGUAUUGUGUACGGGCUGAAGCUUGCUUGGGGAUCAAGGGUCCAGAAAGGUUAUUCUCCAGACAGAUUCAGCAACUGGCAUGUCCUUGAUAGAGACCGCAUCACCGCACCAUCCACAUUAUACGCGAGUAGCGGAGAUCCGGAGCUGGUUGGCUCGACAAUGGAC